AUUCAUUCGCUGCCAGCCUGUGUGUGGGAAGUUCUCAACCAUGUCUUAGAACCUUGAAAUGUAGAAACUGUGUUAAGUGAAUCGAAAUGAAGAGAUCCGGGCCAGAGACAGUGGUCAAGGAAACAGAAGUGGAUCAAGAUCACUUCAAAGUAAUUCGUUUCUACAGAGAAAAAAUGAACCAACAGCCUUUACACAGCGCACUUAGAAGCUUCAACGUACAAGAUGGUGCGCGCAUGUCUGGAGUUUACGAGAUUCAUAGAAAUAAUGAGAUCAUCUACAUCGGAGGGAACCCUUAUUUCAGCAACAUCCGGGACUGUCUAAAUGCUCAUUUUAGCGGAAACGAUGGACUUCCAAUCGGCCGAUAUCUGAGCGGCCCUGGAAAGCGACGCUGGAGGAACAUUUUCGUGCGAUGGUUGACUUGUCUGAAACCCCCUGAAAUUGUGUACUUCUUGUUAGAAGAUUAUCAAUUGAGAAGUGGCACGUUACCAAUUUAUAACAACGCUCCUAGUGUUCAGUCAAGAGACUGGGAUUCUGAUUGAAUUUACCAAGCUUCUCUGACUCGCAUACUGUUUAGACUCGAGGGUAUUUGUGGCUGAGAGCUUUUAAGUUCGAAAUGUCAAUAAUUUUGAUUUUUUAUUGAUUCAACUGCAGAAAUUCCUGAAUAAAUGUCAUACUCUUCGA